AUGAAUAAUUAUUCUGAUGUACAUUAUAAUAAUAUGACUGCUACCGCUAUCGCCAGGAAUGGUGGUGGAAGGAGCGACAACAACGGCGGCGUAGACGUUCGAGUGAAACUGAAAUCAGAGAAAGGGUCCUCUCCGAACACGUCCAUGGCGGGAGGGAACGACACGUCGAGCGCGAGCACGACGUUAUCGAACCAAAGUUCCGGAGGGUCGUCGCAAGGAACAGCCAACGGUGUCAUCGCGGAGAGAGAGCAUCACUUGGCGGUGCAGUAUCGAGAGCAGAAGGAAGAGGAACGAAAGAGCGAGAGCGACGACGGGUCUCCCAUGCACUGUUCUUCGCAGGUUAAGGAAUAUCAAAAGCAACAGUUGAUGACGCAACAAGAUGAGCAGGAGCAACACCAACGUGAUAUGAUGGAUGCCAACCAGCAGCAACCUCGUCCGCACUCGGCGAUGACGUUACACCCAACGUUAGGAUCGAACGGCUCUGUGUCUUCCUUUCAGCAACACCACUACGCGCAAUCUGAAACCUUUGGAGACGUUCCCCAAAUGGUCGGGCACAGGCUAAUUCAAGGUAAUAAUACUAUCAAUAACAACGUCGGUAGUGGUAAUGGCGGUGUUAUUAGUGGCAAUAAUCCGGCGAUGAAAAACGUCGUGUCCAUGUCUUCGGCGAACUAUUUGCAAAAAUCAGUCUCUUGCCAGCGCAUUGACGAGUUGUUGAGAGAUUCGAUGGACGCUUUCCAUCGCGACGGACCUUUAGUCAGCCCUUUGUGUAAAGUGAAACCAGGCGGUUCCGAGAGACAUAAAAAUCGACACGCGUUUGGCGGCGAGACGGCUUUCUCUGGUGGCAGCUGGAUGGUAGAUUCUCCGAUGCGCGAUCGAAUGUCAUACGUCUGCGAAUCUAAAGGCUUUGACUACGGCAUAUUCUGGAAACUCGAUCGACGGCGAACGAGUUUAAUGCCCGAUGAAUCGGUCAUUUCCCCACGCAUCGCCACCGAUACGAGUAAAUUAAAAUUAUUCGUUAAUACAUCGAAAACGUUGUUCACUCGAUACGUUCUUGGGUUUGGCAUGCCAGGUCGCGUCUGUCACUCCGGAAACUACGAGUGGCACGAAGACAUUUCCUUGUUACCGGGAUGGUCUUUUCAGCGAAAAGUCCAAGCAGAAAGAGCUGGAUUGAAAACCAUAAUCUGCGUCCCGGUGGAAAACGGCGUCGUCGAAUUCGGUUUAACCGACGAGAUGGAUCACAGCGUCAACAUCGUCCAGUACGUUCAAAAGAUGUGCAAAUCGUUAGCCUCUUCGCAGUAG